UGAUGUAACCAACGAAAACAAGUUGGUGGUACUGAGACACAGUCGAUGGGUGCUUGUUUUAACGUUUUCCUGCAUUGGAAACUAUGUCUGGAGGCAGGCUGUGCUUAUGGGUUUCACGAUGCUUAUAAUAUGGUAGGUAUAGCCCAUCCUCGAGCGAUAAGGCUCUCCGACUUUGCCAGGCACAUGCAUAUGCAGUUGCCAGUCGUGCAACUAUCAAGAUAUACCUCGAAAAUUGAUCACGCCGAUCUAAUCAAGGGAUGAGGAAUGACUUUAAGUGUCUUCGGAAGUCCACUCCAUUCAAUGAAUAUAUAUAGACGGAGAGUAACUUCGGCCACUCCACUCUAUAAUCCGAAUUGCCCUUGAACUUGCGCUUAGAUUUGUUUCUUUGCCCGGCAUGGCGACGCAAUUGACCGCCGCCGAGGCGGACGAGAGCAGGCAGCCAAACCUGAUCGCGCUGUGUACCGUCAUGCUGAUCUCGUCGACCUUGGCUUUGAGCUUGCGCUUCUGGUCUAACUACGUUGCGCCCUCUCACCACUGGGGAUGGGAUGACUUGUUCGCAGCGAUCACUCUGCCAUUCAUCAUCUCGGAAACUGCCGUAAUCCUCUGGUGGACCCGUCUCGGCUUGGGCAAGCAUGCGGUUACUAUCCCGCCGGCUGACCUAGCGGAGGGCCCCAAGAUGAUCUUCAUUGCCACUAUCUUUUACAGUUGCAAUAUCUCGCUCCCCAAGUUCUCAGCGCUCUUCUUCUACCAUCGUGUCUUCGAACGCACUAGCAAGUGGUUCACCGUCGCGCGAUGGAUUGUCGGCGCCAUGAACGCCGCCUGGCUGGUCUCGGCCACGAUCAACGUUUUCUUGCAGUGCACACCCGUCAACGCCGCGUGGGAGCCUGUCCCGGGAUCGACGUGUAUUUCGCAGUGGGGCUGGUUUAUCGGCACCGCAAUCCCCAGCAUGGUGAUUGAUCUACUUAUCCUGAUUAUGCCAAUGCCGCUGCUCUGGCGUCUUCAGGCGCCGGUUUCCCGCCGCAUCAUGGUCGGGGUGCUGUUUCUUUGCGGCUAUUGCGUUAUUGUUGUCUCGAUUGGUCGUCUGGUGACGCUUGCGCGAGCUGGUUCUCAUGUGUUCGACGACCUCACUUGGAGGCCCGUUGGAUACCUUGAGUGGGUGCAAUGCGAAGGCCCCAUUUCGCUAAUCUCCGUCUGCUUACCCAAUAUCUUCCGCUUCUUCAGGCGUGUACACGAGAAGGGUGUCAAGGGUGCUUUCCCCGAUAGCCGAGGAGAAUCGAAGCCGUCGUCCUCAUUCACUAGUGGACACUACCAACGGCAGUUCGUUCGCAUGGAGGAUUAUCCGUCACACUUGUCCACCCAACAAGAGACAUAUGUCGAAGGCACUCAUAAGAGCCAGUUUUAAGGGUAUGUUUGCACGCUCAAAAUGGUAGCGUACCUAACUAUGAAGAUGAUAUGGUGAGGAGUGCUUUUUUCGGUGUUUACUUCCAUCAUU